AAACCAUUCAUUUUCUUUUCUUUUCAUCCCAUAUUUUCUGUAAGAUCCACCAGCAACAUAGAACCCAUGAACCAAACAAUUGUUUUGGAAUUCCUUCUACUGGGACUAACAGAUGACCCAGCAUUGCAGCCCCUCAUCUUCAGCCUCUUCCUGUCCAUGUACCUGGUCACCAUCCUGGGAAACCUGCUCAUCAUCCUGGCCAUCAGCUUUGACUCCCACCUCCACACCCCCAUGUAUUUCUUCCUGUCCAACCUGUCCCUCAAUGACAUCUGCUUAAGCACAAGCAUAAUCCCUAAAAUGCUGGUGAACAUCCUGAGACAGAACCAGACGAUCACCUACACAGGCUGCCUCACCCAGACUGGCUUUGUCCUAGUGUUUGUAUACAUGGAAAAUUUUCUUCUUGCAGUCAUGGCUUAUGACCGCUAUGUGGCCAUUUGUCACCCACUGAUGUACACAAUCAUCAUGAAGCCCUCACUCUGCUUUCGUCUGGUUCUGGUCUCCCAGCUCAUCAGCACCGCAGAUACCCUCCUCCACACUCUGAUGCUGCUGCGGCUGUCCUUCUGCACAGACCUGCAGAUCCCUCACUUCUUCUGUGAACUUGCUCAGGUCAUCAAGCUGGCCUGUUCUGAUGCCCUCACUGAUGACAUUGUAAUACUUGUUGCAGCCUGUCUAUUUGCUGGUGCUGCCAUCUCUGGGAUCAUUUUCUCUUAUGUUCACAUUGUGUCUUCUGUCUUGAGAAUGCCCUCAUCAGAAGGGAAGCAUAAAGCCUUUUCCACCUGUGGGUCUCACCUGUCUGUUGUCUCCUUGUUCUAUGGGACAUCUUUUGGGGUGUACAUUAGCUCUGCAGUAACUGACUCCCCCAGGAAGACUGCAGUGGCCUCAGUGAUGUACUCUGUGGUCCCUCAGAUGGUGAACCCCUUUAUCUACAGCCUGAGGAACAGGGACAUGAAGGAGGCCUUGAAGAAGUUCAUCGGAAAGACAGUUUCUCUUCUAUGA